GUAAUAAUAGAAAUGUGGACCUUGUAUGUUGGAAUUUUCAUAGCUCUUGUAUGGAUUCUUGAUUAUUUUCUGCUAGACAGAAGGCAAUUCAAGCUGGUAAGAAGAUUAAAUCAUCCACUAAGAUUACCAUUAAUUGGUCAGGCAUGGUUGGCAUUAGGGAUUAAACCAAGUCAAACGCGCGAAUUUAUCGACAAACUCAAUAAAGGAUACAAUCAGCUAUUUCCCAAUGUUUUGUGUAUUUACAUAGGAAAUAAGUUAGAAGUUGGCUUAUCAAAUUACAAAUACGUUGAAAGAAUUUUAACUUCAACAAAGUUUAUUGCAAAAAGUUCACUGUAUGAUUUCUUGGGAGACGUACUUGGUGAAGGAUUGUUAUUCAGCACCAACCAAAAAUGGUUCGAACGUCGCAGGAUUAUCACACCGACUUUCCAUUUUAAGAUUUUAGGUCAAUUCUUUGAAGUUUUUCAGAAACAUAGUGAAAACUUAUGCAGAGAGUUGGAGAACUUAGCAGACGGUCGUACAUUCGACGUUACACCUCAUAUUAACAUGACUGUCUUGAAAUCUCUUUGCGAAACCGCAAUGGGCUGUGAAAUAAAUGAAAAAGACUACAGCUACUUGAAUGCAGUCAAGGAACUUAGCUAUCAUGUUGCAACAAACUUUUUAACCCCAUGGCACCGAAUAAAAUUGCUUUACAAUCUUACACCGACUAAAAGAGCACAAGAUAAGUGUGCAAAAAUCAUUCACGAUUUUACAACAAAGUUAAUUGAGGAACGAAGAAAGAUGUUGAUAAAAAGUACCGAGAAUCAAGAUUUGAGUGACCUUGACAACGACGAAAUUGGAUUAAAAAGAAAAAUGUGCUUACUUGAUGUCUUGCUUCAAUCUACGUCAAAUGGUAAGCCACUGAGUAAUGAUGACAUCCGAGAAGAAGUCAACACCUUUACAUUUGCUGGACAUGACACAACAACAAUUGCAACGUGCUUUACACUUUACAUGAUUUCGAAACAUGUGGAUGUUCAGCAAAAAUUGAACAAAGAAAUUGAGGAAGUCUUAGGAAAAGAUGAAGUAACUUUCAAGAGUUUAAGCGAGUUUAAAUACCUAGAUAUGGUCAUUAAGGAGACACUUCGUUUAUAUCCACCGGUUCCGAUUAUAUCAAGGAGAUUAUAUGAUGAAGAUGAUUUUGGAGACUUUGUGGCACCUGGAAAUGCUAAUUACAAUCUAUUCUUAUAUUCUCUUUUGAGAAAUCCAGCCAAUUUUGAGAAACCUGAUGAAUUUAAUCCUGACAGAUUUUUGGAGAAUAUUACACCAUUUGGAUUCAUUCCGUUUAGUGCUGGUCAACGAAACUGCAUAGGUCAAAAAUUCGCCAUGAUCAACAUCAAAACAACAAUCAUCAACAUUCUCAGAAACUUUGAAAUAUUUCCAGGAUUUAUUGAAUCUAAAAUAGAGUUCCACAUCACACUCAAAUCCAACGGCUCAUUUAUAGCUUUACAAAAGAAAAUCAAAUAA